AUGAAUACCCUCUCCAUUCUCUUCAUCCUCACCAUCGGAUUCUCAUCUGGAGUCAUAAGUCUCCAACUCGUCAACGACGAGCCCCAAUUCUUCAUGGACCAUGGAGAAGUCGCAGUAAUCUCUCAAGACAGACCAGAUGUUCCAGGAGAAAUCUUCGGACGAAACGGCGAGUUUCCGACUCAUGUCACGUUCAACGACAAUGAGGUCAAUAAGGAGAAACCUACUACCAAAAAGAUUUAUCAGUAA